AUGCCGUCUGACAAGGAAACAGGUUCCCGACCUACUAGAAACCUACUGGAUGCGGUUGAACAUUUGGAAUCCGUUGCCUUUAUCCCGGCCAAACAGCGCCACACAGACGCCAGCCAACUGGCCAAAACAAUCGUCUCUGACGCGUACGAAAGCGGGAUUCCCCAUGUCAUUCUCGAGCGUCUGUUAAAGAUCCUCACAUCAAGCACUCACCUCGACCAGAGCACCACCACGACUCUAAUCAAAAACCUCUAUCCUCUGGAACCUGUUUCAUCCAGAGUCGUCACGCAGGUGGUAUGCUCUCUCGGACCCAGCAAGAACAAACCCACGCCUGCGACCCAGGCGUUGCUGUUGCGAUGGCUGUUGCUCGUAUAUGACUCCUUGGGAGAUCGAGCGCAUUUGUCGAAACUCUACGCGGUGCUUUUUAAUUAUCUGGAUAUGAUUAGUCUGCGAAAGCCGUUGUGUCAUUUGCUUUCGAUUAUUACCAGACGGAAGCAUGUGAAACCAUUUAGGAUCCAGGCUCUUAUGGAGCUGCUGAGGAAUACUGGUGGUGAGGAGAAGGAGCUUGUCAGUUUGCUUAGGGUAUUUAAGAAUUACUACCCUGAUAUUAUUGUGGGAGAUUUGGGAAUGAUGAGGAAGGCCGGUUUGGUCUUUAAGCACCCCGAUCCGGAGUGGAUUAGCCAUGCAAAGCAUCUUCAAGAAACCAAUGCAGAGAGGUCACAGAUAUCGCAGCAGUCAAGCUUCCAAGUCGUCCACCGCGGUCUAGUGAAGAGAAGCAAGGCGGAGAUUGUGGUUCCGGACGUGCAAACUUCGCGAGUGCCCCAUGGACGAACAUCGCUGGAGGAACUACGUGGUGUUGACCAUUUCGUCGAGAGCAUUGAUAAGAUCGAGCUACCCAACCAAAUUAUAUCGACUAUGGGAGACAGACUGGCCCAGAAAUACCUGUUUCUGGUUCAGUCGGACGCUGCGAGUGCUCGAUUGGACGGUUGGCUGCUCAGCUUCCUGGGUGACAAGUUGGAGCAAAUCCGUGGUGGCGAUGAAGAUGAUCCGGAGACGCUCAAAUAUAUACUCAGUCUGGCUGCUGACUAUGUUCAAUACGCAAAGGAAGUCCCGGCUGCAAUCUUCUCCUUCGUAAAAGCGUACCUUACCUUGUGGAAUGGCCGUGACAACAGAGAACAAAUCUUCCAUCUCCUGGAAUAUCUUCCCGUUGACUCUUUCGACGCAAUACGCGAGGGAUUCUUGGCUCCCCUAGAAGCUGCCGUUCUAGACGAUACACUAGCUUCCAGGGUCGCCAUUCUCGAGUUCUAUUCUUCCCUAGUCCGCCAAUGGGGCAUUAGGCUCCGGACAGAGCCAUCUACAUCCGCGGAAUCAAAGCCCCUAAGCCGACUCGUCUCGCACGCAGAACUCCUAGCCUUAUCGAUCCUCGAAAUCUCCCCCCCAACCAACGCAUUCGACGACUCCACCCAAUCCAAACCAGCAACCCUCUCCGUCCUCGACUUCUACAGCACCCUAGGCGAACUCUUCUCCUACGCCUCCCUAAACGGCAACAUCCGCCUCACAAUCCCCCUCUCCCCAACAGUCUACACCCUCGUCUUCACACCCAUGAGCUCCAUCAUCUCAAUCAUCAGCUCCGUCCUCGCAAACUACAAAUCCGCCUUUGAAGCCUCUUUAACCUCCGAAGUCCUGCAGUCGCAAACACCAAACGGCAGCGAAAACCUCUACCCCACACAACUCGUCGGCCAGUUCAACGGCUACGUCAUGGAUAUCUGCAACCUGCUCUGGCGAAACAGAGGUCUUAACACCGAGGAUCCGAAUGCGUUGGGGUGUUUAAUUCCCGCUAGCACUGUUACGCUGCUUACGCAGUAUAUCCGGGAGUCGAACGAGGUUGCUCGUGAGCGGAAGCGUGAUUCCGCCUUCCAUUAUACUCUCUCGUCGAUAUUCUCGCUCAGUCAUCACGCUGCUAUGUGUAAUAUCUCUGCUGCUUGUUUCGCGGAAAUCGAGGAUGAAAAUGGGGUCGGGGAGGAUAAGCCAAGGUUGAAGAAGCCUGUUACGCAAAAAGCAUUGAGUGCGUUGGAAAAGGGUGGUGGCGUAAAAGUUAGUUGGCAGGAGUAUAGACUACGGAUGCUGGAUUGGUUGGAUGCGGCGGGAAAUAGGGGGAUUGGGGAUUUGAUGCGGAGUACGAUGAAGGCGUUGCGGAAGGAAUAA